AUGUCCGACGUCCUGGAUGGCGGUGGCGAUCGAACGACUUUAUGGCAAAGGGAUUGUAUGAGAAUGAGGAAGAAAGAACUAGAGGAAUCUGAUGUUUUUUCCACUGCUCACCAUCAAGUUCAGCAGCAGCUCCAAGUCUUGUCGGUAUCCAGUAGGAAUCCAGGUGCAGAAAAGAAGCACAAUCGCUCCGUAUCAGAUCUGAGCGAUCUUUCAACGCCCCGAAACUUUGAGGACUUUCGCAAGAAUGCCCUGCUCUAUACCCAUGUUAUUGCCUUCACCCUGUUUGAGCUCGAGACCAUCACCAAGAGCUUCCGUUCUGACUACAUUCUUGGUGAGGGUGGCUUUGGAACCGUCUACAAAGGUUACAUAGAUGAGAAUGUUAGGGUUGGCCUCAAAUCUCUCCCUGUUGCUGUUAAGGUCCUUAACAAGGAAGGCCUUCAAGGACACCGUGAAUGGCUCACGGAGGUCAACUUCCUUGGGCAGCUCAGGCAUUCUAAUCUGGUGAAAUUGAUUGGAUAUUGUUGUGAGGACGACCACAGGUUACUUGUUUAUGAAUUCAUGUUCCGGGGAAGCCUUGAAAAUCACCUCUUCCGAAAGGCAACUGUUCCACUGUCUUGGUCAACAAGGAUGAUGAUUGCUCUUGGGGCAGCUAAAGGGCUUGCUUUCCUUCAUAAUGCUGAGAGACCUGUUAUCUACAGGGAUUUCAAGACUUCAAAUAUUCUACUGGACUCGGAUUAUACGGCCAAACUUUCUGACUUUGGACUCGCUAAAGCAGGGCCACAAGGCGAUGAGACACAUGUAUCAACACGAGUUAUGGGUACCUAUGGUUAUGCAGCUCCUGAAUAUGUCAUGACUGGGCACCUUACUGCCAGAAGUGAUGUUUACAGUUUUGGGGUUGUUCUUCUGGAGCUGUUGACAGGAAGGAAGUCCGUGGACAAAACAAGGCCAAGCAAGGAGCAAAGUUUAGUAGAUUGGGCCAGGCCGAAGUUAAAUGACAAGAGAAAAAUGCUUCAAAUAAUAGACCCCAGAUUAGAGAAUCAGUACUCAGUAAGGGCAGCACAGAAAGCUUGCAGCUUGGCAUAUUAUUGUCUGAGCCAAAACCCAAAAGCUAGACCUUUAAUGAGUGACGUAGUUGAGACUUUGGAGCCUUUACAGGGCAGUAGUGGAGUGUAUGAAGUCUCAUCAUCAUCAUCAUCAAUAACGCCGACUCUUAUGUGUGGUGGGAGUCCAUUUGUGUCUGGAAGGAUUCCAGAUUAUAGGAUGCAUCACAGAUUUGGUGGGACUGUUGGCAGUGCUGUUGGUUGCCGUUCUUCCAACCCAAGUUGUUCCCCAGGUGGCUCUGCUGCAUGCCGGGUUAGAUGA